AUGGAAGGCGCAGCCAAGUCUCAGAAUCCAUUGUUCGACUCUUGUUCGGCCGAUCCCGAUUCGGGCCGGUGCCUAUUCAUGCGGGCCGGACUUCCCGUCAGCGCUGGAGUGCCUUGUAUUUUCCCUCCUGCUGACGCCCAUCCCCUCGUCUACGCCUCCUCGUCCGCAAUGCCCCCUUCUAUGCUAUCAAGCUCUAUCUCUACUCAGAAAGACAUGGACGCUUUGCCGAUCAUCAAUUACCGCCUCAUCAACCUGGACACUGGCUACUACCGUCGCCAGAUGGAACACUUCGAGUACUACUGGGGUAUGGAGAAAGGGACACUCGAUCUCUCGACGCCACUGAACCAUAUACAACUUCGCAGCGAUAUGGCCGAACGCAUGGACCAAUCCUUGUGGGCCAUCCUUCCUACCAAGAAGACCCUCGACGCCAUUAACGCUCUGUCCGAAGUCAACAAGACCGCAGGCAUUGACCAAAGGAAGCACUUCACCGAAGAACUUCCAGAACAAGAGUACGAAUAUGAAUUUCUGUCACUAUGCGGCACCAAGCGGGACCGACCGUCGAUGUACCUCAAGCGAGGCUCGACUGUCAGGACGAUCAAGAAGGCAUAUUCCAAAGUACCGCGCAUCAGGUCUCGCGCACAUCCUCUCUUCGUGAUCUUCCACGCAUAUCAUCAAAUACUGUCCGGUUAUUCGCUCUCCGAUGCGAAAGCGGAGCGACUCAUCCGAUUAACGAGUGCCGUGACACGCCCGUGGAACAAAUCCCCCCCUGUCGAGUUCACCGUGGGGCCCGAUGUCUGGCAGAAACAUCGACAUCCCUCGAGCGAUGACGGCUCCGUUGCGCGCGCCCAGCUGAAGACCUGCAAUCCUUCACGUGCGCAAAUGCUGGAGCGCUCCUCACGCAGGUCUACUCGCGCUCCUUCUCCCCAGCCCAAACAUCGCCAGGACAGGCCCUCCAUCUAUGAUCAUGCACGGCGACGGCCAUCUCCUCCCAAGUCACCCGUUCUUCCUCGAAGCGCGCGUGCUUCCGAGUCCGGGUCCUCCGACAGCGCCGCCCAUGUCGAUUUCUCGCCAACCGACCUCCGAGACUGGCUGGAAUCGAUCAGUCCUAAGCCAAAGUCCAAGUCGAAGAACACAUUUCCCCCUUCGCCAAAAUGCGACGCCGUCCUUGCGCGGUAUCGGAAGGAGUCGGCUCGCGAGCCUCGGAACGCACUGCGCGUCACGCUGAUGCUCACCACCAGUGGAUUGGUGGGUGGGGGCAGCACCGAGACAAGUCGCUCCAUCUACUGUAGCAACGACUGGGCGAUGAAUAUCUAUGACAAGUGUCUGUGGUCGUCUAAUCCGCCCGAGGGAGCCCAAUUCGACUACAUCGACCUCAUCCCAUAGCCCUUAAGCACCCUACGAGCCCCUUUUGGACGACACUCCAUGCUCUUCAACCUCGCAAUGUUGCAGGCCAUCGCGAUAGCCGACGGUGUACUCGGCUACGGAUGAACUCCUCAGAUCCGGCACGCGACACCGGACCACGCAGCUUCCGCGACGCCUUCCCCUUGGCUGCGUCGUUGUGUAUGCAUGUGUACGGCCCGACGACCUAUGGGAUCAGUACGACCGUUCCCCGUAGCUAGACGGCGAUAGCGCUAUCGCACGCGCGGGGGAGCACGCCUCCUAUGACCGACCCUCGGGACCAUCACACGUCCAAGCUCCUUGUGGUUUCGGGCCAGGCUCUCGACUCGAUGUGCGAAAGGUCGUGUGCUUCUACACGCAGAACGGCGACGAUGGGGGUGCUCGUCAUGCUUGCG